AUGGGCGUGGGUUUCUUAAAGGGGUUUGGGGCGAUGCAGAAGAAGAUGACCAGAGAUGGACAGCCCGCAAAGCGACGAGGCCCCAAGCCAGACAGUAAACCUGCCCAGACUCGAAGGCAAGAACUCAAUCGACAAGCUCAAAGAACGCAUCGUGAAAGGAAGGAGAACUACAUUAAGGCCCUUGAGCUGGAACUUUCGCGCCUGAGAGAAACGUUCGUUCACGACCAAAAUACACGACAUGCCACCAUUCAACAGCAAAAGCUGAUCAUCGACGACCAGCAACGAGAGAUUCUGGCACUGAGAGAGAUCCUUGCCAGUCGAGGAAUCGCCUUUGAGAACGAACUCGAAAACCGCAAGGCCGUGAUUGCGAUGAGGCCGAAAAGAGAAGAAGCUUCAGUAAGCCCGCCAUCUCUGAGCACUUUAAGUCCACUCUCGAUGGGUGGCCGCGCCCUUGGAUAUCAGCAAGUCAUGCCAGGAACAUCGACCUCGACUACAGGGUAUUCACCCCGAACUUACCUCAACGGUGGCGCCAUGAGUGUCUCAGGACACUCUCCUGGUACAACUCACCACAGUCAGUCUCCCCUCGGACCCGAUGUACAAGAACUUGCCCCUAUCAAACAGGAAUCUGGAGGGAUAUCAGAUCUGCCUUCACCCGGGGCGGGAAUCUUUGAGCGAGAACCACAAUUAGGCAUAGACUUCAUUUUAAAACUAGAGCAAACUUGUCGCGACCACGAAGAAUACCUCGUGCGAAGGUCAUUUGAGUCGCCGGAUAACGAAGAAGCACUCUUCUCCGGACAUGCGUUGAUGGCAUCAUGCCCGCCUCCAAGCCACAUUGAACAUGUUCCUGCUCAAAACGCCGGGCUGGUUCCCACCUAUGACCACAAAGUGCCGGAUGCCGAAUCAGUGCAGAUCUUGAACAACUUACUCAAUUUGAGUCAGACGCUAAGAGGAAGCGCCAUUCCGAGUGGGCAGGUGACCCCCAUCAUGGCUUUGCAAUCCCUCAAAGGCCACCGCAACUAUACUACUCUCACAAGAGAAGAUGUGGUGGGGAUGAUCGAGGCCAUAAAAACCAAAGUUAGAUGCUACGGAUUUGGGGCGGUGAUGGAGGACUUUGAACUCCGUGACGCUCUAUCAAGCAUCUUCGCAACGAAACCAGAGACUUAUGACCAACUUGAGACCGACUAUACGGCGGAGAUUGACGAGAUGUACUCAUGA